AGCGUCGUUUGCAUCGAGAUUUCACUUUUAUAUCUGAUCCCUUCUCGGACUUGAGCAAAUGUCGAGUAAUAUAACACAGCAGGUCUGAAAGGUGCUUCAGCAGGCUACGAAGUGUAAACAAAAUCAUGCUGCUUUAGAAACUGGACCACGAAUUAUGAAAUUGUUUCAACAAUUGCAGUUUUUGUAAUCUUAAAGAGGAAAAAAAUGCACAUAAACACGUUUAAAAUGCAAAAUGUACGAAGAAAGGACCGCGGUGGGACGGCUUCAUUAAAAUACCUAAGAGUCGUAAAUGUCUUUAAAUUGAUAGAUUUACAAACGUCCAUUUAUGAUGUUAAAGCGCACAUUUUGUAGAAGGCGGUAUGACAAUGAGGACCUCUCAGACGAUGACAUAGCCAGCAUGAGGACUUUUGAUGUGGAGGAAAAGCUUAGUAUUGCCUCAUACAAUUCAAGUUACGUGCACUUUAUGAAAGGAAAAGAUUUUACCCUUGAAUAUGUGCAGAGAGAGACUAUCAAGGUCCCCAUUAUCUUCAGGGACAAAGAUGGUCUAGGAAUCAAAACGCCAGAUAGCGAUUUCAGUGUCAGGGAUGUAAAACUGUUUGUUGGGAGUCGUCGUAUUGUGGAUGUCAUGGAUGUGAGUACACAGAAGGGGAUUGAGAUGAGUAUGUCACAAUGGGUGAAAUACUACGAAACACCUGAGAUGGAAAGAGAGAAGCUCUAUAAUGUCAUAAGCCUGGAAUUCAGUCAUACAAAACUUGAGAACCUGGUCAAACGACCCAAUGUGGUGGACUUGGUAGACUGGGUGGACAACAUGUGGCCACGGCAUUUAAAAGAGAAGCAAAUGGAUUCCACAAAUGCAAUUGCAGAAAUGAAAUACCCCAAAGUUCAGAAGUACUGCUUAAUGAGCGUCAAAGGAUGCUACACAGAUUUUCACAUUGAUUUUGGUGGCACUUCUGUCUGGUAUCACAUUCUUCGAGGAGGGAAGGUUUUCUGGUUAGUUCCCCCUACGUCACACAAUCUGGAGAUUUAUGAAGAGUGGGUUCUGUCAGGAAAGCAAGGCGAUAUUUUCCUUGGGGACAGAGUGGAUGGAUGCCAACGGAUUGAGUUAAAACAAGGAUAUACAUUUUUGAUCCCUUCAGGAUGGAUUCAUGCCGUAUACACGCCAGUAGACACAUUAGUUUUUGGUGGAAAUUUCCUGCACAGCUUUAAUAUUCCUAUGCAGCUUCAUAUCUACGGGAUUGAGGAUCGAACUCGGGUUAAUGCCAAGUUCCGCUAUCCAUUCUACUAUGAAAUGUGCUGGUAUGUCCUGGAAAGAUAUGUGUUCUGUUUGACAAAACGGUCUCAUCUCACCAAACAAUACCAGAGGGAAUCAAUGUUAAUUGAUACAGAGAAGAAACCAAAUACAGAGAGUCCUUCAUCAGAUUCCCGACUAGACAUGGAUGAGGAAUCUUCUGAUGUGCGUGUCAAGGAGGAGAAAGAUGAGACAAGAGAUAAAAUGAGCCUUCAAAGCACAAAAGUAUUUGGUGAUGAUUCGCCUUCUCCAAACAGUGCGCAUUCAGAAGGAAAUGAAAGCUCUGGGAAGACUCAGAAAAUGACAAAGCGUUUAAAGCGGACUUUGUCCAAUGACUCAGAUGAUAGCACCAAGUCACCAAUGCUGACAGACUGUCCAAAGACACCAAGCGGAUCUCCUGACCCCUCCCAGCCAGUGUCUGAGGGGUCUAACAAAUGGAUUCAUCUGACAGAGUUUGAGUUGAAAGGGUUAAAAGCACUUGUGGAAAAACUGGAGUCCUUGCCAGAGAAUAAAAAAUGUGUCCCUGAAGGGAUAGAAGAUCCUUAUGCCCUUCUGGAGGAUAUGAAGACGGUGCUGGAAGAACAUGCUGAUGAUGAUCAAAAACUGGCUAUCACUGGGGUGCCAAUUGUAACAUGGCCCAAGAAGACCGUGAAGCAUAGAGCAGUAGGAAGGCCGAAAGGAAAGCUUGGAACCUCUGCAGCUGUGAAACUCGCCGCGAACAGGGCUACAGCUGGAGCACGCAGGAGGAGGACAAGAUGUCGAAAAUGCGAGGCAUGUCUAAGAACAGAAUGUGGCGAGUGUCAUUUUUGCAAGGACAUGAAGAAGUUUGGAGGACCAGGGAGAAUGAAACAGUCCUGUAUCAUGAGGCAGUGUAUUGCUCCGGUCCUGCCACACACAGCAGUCUGUCUCAUUUGUGGAGAAGCAGGAAAGGAAGACACAGUGGAAGAAGAGGAGGAAAAGUUCAAUUUCAUGCUGAUGGAAUGCUCAAUUUGUAAUGAAAUUGUGCAUCCUGGCUGCUUAAAGGUAAAGCAGUUAAAGGUACAGGAUGGAGAUGGAGUUGUCAAUGAAGAGCUUCCAAACUGCUGGGAAUGUCCAAAGUGUAACCAUGAAGGAAAGACGGGGAAAAAUUUCUUUAUACGCUACAGCAAUCUUGAAGGUUCAUUUACUUCUUUAGGAACCAAUGCAAAGAAAAGAGGGCCAGGGUUUAAGUAUGCCUCCAACCUCCCAGGUUCACUACUGAAGGAGCAGAGGCAGAACAGAGAACACAAAGACUCUGCAGAGACGACCAAGAAAAAGGGAGACCGAGAGGAAAAUUCCAAACGGAGAUCAGAGGAACAUCCCAAGAAAAGAUCCGAUGACUCUGUUCCAAGAAGGAAAUCUGAGGAUGGGCUUGUGAUGCGAAAGCGGAGAGUUGUUGAUAGAACAUCUGAGCCAAUUCCCAGAAAAAAGUUUAAGAUUGGAAAGGAAGAGAAGCUAUUGAGGAAAAAGAAAAAAUCAUUGCAUCCCAAUGAAGACCACCCAACAACUGUCAAAGCAUUGCGGAGUAUCAAGCAGGAGCCUGAGGAUGAUCCACCAGAGACACCUCAGAAAACAAAGGAGAGUGACCAGUCUAGAUCAAGCUCUCCAAGAGCUGGUCCCAGCACUGAAAGUGCAGAGACCAAGGAGAAGAAAAAUGAGAGAUUUAAAGAGAAACGCAAAAAGCGAUUGCACAAUAAAGAACUUAGUAAAGAACUAAGCAAAGAACUCAAUCAGGAGAUUCAUAAAACUGAGACCAGCCUGGCAAAUGAAAAUCACCAACCAAUUAAAUCUGAAGGAGAUAGUGAAAAAGUAGAGAAGCCUAAACGAUUGCUGGCAAACAGUGAAAGACUGCACAGGUUAAGCAAAGGAUUAAAUGGAACUCCCAGGCUUAGACAUCAGCUUACUACAAGCUUGAGGCGGGCUCCCAGGGUUAUUACUCGACCACCACCCUCUGUGUCCCCAACUAAAUCUAUUCAAAUGGAGCGGCAUGUGGUGCGGCCUCCGCCUGUCAGCCCACCCCCAGACUCUCUGCCCCUCGAUGAUGGCGAAGACCAUGUAAUGCAAAGGGAAGUGUGGAUGGCUGUGUUUGGCUACCUUAAUCGCAAAGAUUUAUGCAUUUGCAUGAGAGUCUGUAAAACCUGGAACAGAUGGUGCUGUGACAAGAGGCUUUGGACCAAGAUUGAUUUAAACCGGUGCAAAUCAAUCACACCUCUUAUGCUCAGUGGCAUUAUUAGGAGACAACCUGUAAUCCUUGACCUGAGCUGGACAAACAUAUCGAAAAAACAGUUAACUUGGCUUAUCAACAGGCUGCCAGGUCUUAAGGAUUUGGUUGUUUCAGGCUGCUCCUGGGCAGCAAUCUCUGCACUUUGCAGCUCUAGUUGUCCCUUGCUGAGAACCAUAGAUCUCAGAUGGGUGGAAGGAUUAAAAGAUGCUCAAAUGAGAGAUCUGCUUUCACCGCCAACUGACAACAGACCAGGUCAAAUUGACAAUCGCAGCAAACUACGAAAUGUGGUAGACCUUCGUCUGGCUGGACUGGACAUUACAGAUGCAACACUCCGACUUAUUAUUAGGCACAUGCCAAUGCUUUCCAAACUGGACCUUAGUUACUGCAACCAUCUGACAGAUCAAUCAAUUAACCUACUAACAGCAGUUGGCACUACAACUAGAGAUUCCCUAACAGAAGUCAAUCUAUCAGUUUGCAAUAAAGUCACUGAUCAGUGCCUAACCUAUUUCAAACGCUGUGGCAACAUCUGCCGAAUAGACCUCCGUUACUGCAAGCAGGUAACAAAAGAAGGUUGUGAACAAUUCAUAGCAGAAAUGUCUGUUAGCAUUCAGUUCAGUCUGUCAGAGGAGAAACUGUUACAAAAACUUAGUUAACUAAACAAAAAGAGAAACUGGACACCAUAACAAAGGACGUUUAAUUUCUUCUAAGAUUUAAUUACGCCCAGAUUCUGCUUCAUGUUAUUGGCAAAAGACAGAAGGACAAGGAUGAACUCUGGACAGAACCUUAAGGACAAUGACAGAAGCUGCUUUUCCUCACACAAGUGUUUCCACGUCUGAAAAUCACUCCAAAAUUCAAAUUUAUUUCCUAAGUUUUAAUAAUGUAUAAAAGGACACUGAUGCAUAAGUGUUUGUAUUUGUAUAAACAUAUGCGGCAAGAAAAAAAUGAUAAAACUAACUUUUUGUGCACGUUUUACAACUAACGCAUGUGCAGUGUAAAUUUUAAUUUGUUCUUUUAAAAAAAAUGCAGUCUUAAGACAGAGGUAUCUUAGACAUAUCUGACCACACAUUGGGAUCAUUUUGACCGUGUUAUAAAUAUUGUUGUUUUGUUACACUCUACACAUCAUACAUUAUGCAGAAAUAUUUUUGUACAGAAAUUACUUUAUUGAGAGUAGUGUGGAAAUUUCAAUAAUUCCAAUGGUAACCUUAUUACUUGUAUACAAUUGAAUUCCAGUUUAUUUCCGAUUUCCCUAUUUGUUACUUGUGGUUUAAUCUCUGUAAAGUUCCACAUGUUUCUUGUGGAAUGAUCUUUGUGAUGUUUGUAUGUGCCAUCAUUGCAUGCCUUUAAGGCAAGCAGCUUAGCAGCAGUAAUAAUACUGUAAAAGUGACAAGAUGUUGGUUUUCCACCAUUUGCUAUUGCCAUUUUGUCAUUGCUGAAUUUGUAUAAAACCUUUGUCUUGAA